AUGGAAAUUCACACCACGAUACCACUAGACAAUAGUGGCCGUGGCCCUCUCCGAGUCCCUGGUUUCAACGGCCUCCCAAUUCAUUAUAAACUCAAACCCCAGGGUCGAUUUGCGCACGGCGAGCGCGAGUGGCGACAGAUGCCCGCGGUGACUGCUCGUGAACGAGCCAUGGUAGACUUAAUCAACAAAGUGACAGACAAACCCGGUUGGCAUCUUGAAAUUUUUAACGACGAGUUUGUCGAUAGGUGGCGAGAUAAAGCCUUCAAGACCAGUUCGCUUAUGAGUGAAAAGGCUUGGAGCUGGUGCCUGUCGGAAUUGCGUGAUAAAGCUAUUUACUUUCGCGAAACUCAGCAUUCACUUGCUGCUUCGUUAAAGUCUGGUGCUACGUCCUUGCUCAAUUUUCAUUACAAUAGUGAGGGUUGGCGGCCUGCAUCCGACGAUCCAGUGUUGAGUCUUGUUGAUCCAUCGCUAUUUCCUUUGGUCUAUGGGAGAAGCCUUGUCUUAGCCGAUGAGGGAUACGUAGAUUUAAAAGACAUUUUUGGUUCAUACAAAGAUGCUACUAUCGCACCGGAACAUCUCGAUCGGCGAAUUGAGUCAAGAUUGGCUCAGCAGCAAGCUAACCAAGACCAGAGUGAUAGUGUACGGAUACCCAUUUAUCAGCCAAAUCAGAAGUUCUCUUGCUGGAGCUCCAACCAUCAAUGGCUUCCUUGCGAUGUGGAAUUUCUCAAUGAUACAGGCACAGACAUUCGUCUCGUGUCGUACAUUAACAACUUGCAUCCCGCUCACAAAACACUAUAUCGAGACGUCGAAAAAUUAAUUGCUUUUUCAAUACCAUUGUGGAAUGAUUGUCUAAUUCAAGGAAACCCCGGUCUCAAAGAUCCCUUUAACAAAGGACAGUUGGGACUUGUGCCAUUGCGAAUAGUCACCUACGGUAUUGAGUGGGAAAAUGAGCUUCCCGACUGGGCUGGAGAUUUUAAUGUCCCAUCAAAAGAGAGGAAGAUGAUGUACCGCGAGACACGACUGGAAAGUCUUCUUGAUGUCGCUGAGAAGGAGAAAAUGGAACUACCUCCUCUGAACUCACACUUAUGGCAGAAGGCUAAAGAUUAUCUCGAGUUUCCGGAGUACAAAAUUGGAUUAUUAACACCCUUUGCAGCGCCAGAAAACUGGACGGACCAACCUUGGCCUCAUAUGCUACAGAAGCUAAACCUUUCACUCCACUUCAAGCAUCCGGAACCGGGAACAGCAUUCACCCACGAAGAGUGGAGGUCUAGAGGAAACACUAACAAGGCAAUUAUAGACAUUGCCAGCGGACGGAAGCUCAGUUAUGGUGGCCAGAUUAAGAAGCCCAUGGUACCUGACUUUCGGCCCUAUAAGAUUAGUCUACAAGAUACAUUCCGGAAUCAAGGUCUGCAAGUUAUUGUUCAGAUUGACAGCAUUGAGCUCACGCCAGAUAAUCCAGUCUAUCGACCUGGUAGCUGGCAGCUCCCAGGACAGUUAAAUGAACACAUCGCGGCAAUGGCUGUGUUUCCAUACGACGUUCAGAAUGUUACGACUCCCCGGAUUGAGUUCCGCCAGGAGACUCCCAUAGACAAGCAGUCCUAUAGAUGCGAUGAGGAACCAGUGGCUCCAGGAGAAAAGAUAUACUAUGAUCAACGACUCAAGAGACCACUACAACGAUAUGGAAGACGUAACUUAGUGGAAAUCGAUGCUCUCACCCAAAUUUUGGGUUUCCCACCUUUACAUCUUUAUCACGAUCACCAGAAAGAAUCGGCUUUUCAAAAUAUCGGAUCUGUUGCCGCCCCGCAAGACCGUUUGAUCACCUUCCCUAAUGUUAUGGAGCAUCGACUCAGAAAAUUUAAACUGGUCAACCCUACUAUCACAGGUCAUUAUCGUGCGGUCAAACUCUACUUAGUAGACCCGCACUAUCGAAUCGGUCUGCGAGUUUCGGGAUUUUUCACUAUCGGCUUUAUAUUCGGACUUAAGAGAAUUGUCAAACAAGGAAACACCAUGAGCAAACUCCUCACCAUCCUCGGCGCCACUGGCAACCAAGGCGGCUCAGUCGCCAACUAUGUCGUUGCAGACCCUGUCCUAAGCAAAGAAUAUUCGAUCCGCGCAGUGACUCGUGACUCUAAUAAGCCAGCUGCUCAAGCACUAACAGCCAAGGGCAUCGAAGUUGUCCAAGGAGACCUCGACGACAUUGACUCCAUCAAAGCCGCAUUCAAGGGUGCGCAUACCGUCUUCGCAGUCACCACAACCAUUUACGACGACCAAUUGAAAGCGCGUGAAGUCCGUCAGGGAAAAGCCCUUGCUGAUGCUGCCGUUGAAGCAGGCGUCAAAUACUUAAUCUGGAGUACUCUGUCCUCACCAACACUAGAAUCAAAGGGCAAGUAUGCCAAAGUCGAAUCGUUCGAUUCUAAGUACGAGGUGGAAGAAUAUAUCCGCAGUCUUCCCAUCAAAAGUUCCUUUUUCGCGCCGUCGUCAUUUAUGCAGAAUUAUGCAUCCAUGAUGGCCCCUCAUCCUGUCGGCGAUGGCACCUUUGCGAUAUCAAAUGUUAUUCGACCAGAUACAAAGCUCCCGCAUAUUGAUAUCGAGGGUGACACGGGUAAAUACAUCGGUGCCAUCCUAGCUGAACCUGAGAAAUUCGAAGGAAAAGUUCUCUCAGCAGCGACUGACUUUUGGAGCCUGGAGGAGGCUGCGCAAAUUUUGACACGUCUCAGUGGCGAGACGGUCAAAUACAAUCAAAUUCCGGUCGAUGUGUUCAAAGGGUUUCUUCCACCGCACGGUGCCGAGUGUAUUACUGAGAUGAUGCUGUAUAGUGAAGAUGUUGGUUACUACGGAAGCGAGACAAAGGAAAAGGUGGCUUGGACAGCGAGUGUUGCUCGUGGGAGGCUUACGACUUUGGAAGAUUAUCUUGCUAAGAAUUUGCCAAAGUCUUUGGCAUAA